UAAUAAAAUGGAAUCCAGAUAAAGUAAAUAAGGCAUCGAAACGUAAACGCGAAGCUGACGAUACGCACGUUACUGACUGUCGUAGUCGCGACAGCGAUUUUCGACAUGAGAUUGCUAUCGAACGUCAUCGCAAAUGCGUGCAAACAUUUGACAGUUGGUGGUAACCUGCAGGUCUGCAUCGCCGGCACCGCGGGAUCCGCCAGUUACAGAAAAAUGGCGACCGAGGUGGAGAAGGCGCAGGCCGCCGCGCCGGAAGGUGACACGAUAUUUGGGAAAAUAAUACGUAAAGAAAUCCCAUGUAACUUUAUUUACGAGGACAGCCAGUGUGUUGCGUUUGAUGAUGUAAGUCCUCAAGCACCCGUGCACUUUUUGGUAAUUCCACGAAAGCCGAUUCCGCAGCUCUCGAAAGCUCAAGAUGAGGACGAACCUUUGCUCGGUCACCUAAUGAACGUCGCUCAAAAAGUUGCCAAGCAAAAAGGUCUGACGAAUGGAUUUCGCUUGGUUGUCAACGAUGGAAAACACGGUGCGCAGUCUGUGUACCAUCUGCAUCUGCAUGUUCUUGGUGGUCGGCAGUUACAGUGGCCACCCGGCUAAAGUGUUAUACAUUUGAACAUAAAUUUGAUUUCCAUUAUGAAGUCUUUAUCUUCUGUUAUAAGUAUCGAUAAAAGUGAAAAUACAUGAUUAAAGGAUAUUGCAUAAUAAAAUACGUAUUAUUAUCAAUAAUAUGUAUUUAUUAUGUACUUAUACAUAUAUUAGAGAGAA